AUGGAAGAACCUAAAGAGGAGCUUCUGUCUCAUCACUUCAGCCAUGAACAUGAAUUGGAACAUACCAAUUUACCUCCCAAAGGAAACACCAAAUGUUUUGGGUGCAAGCUCAAUAUAUUGCCAGGCAAGUACUACUACAGGUGCAAAACUUGUCGAUUUUACCUUCACCAGGUAUGCUACAGUAUGCCAACAAAAGUCCGACACCCUGCAGAUCCAGGCCACCAUUUUACUCUCCAAGCCAUGCCUUCAUCUGCAGAACCUUCCUUCAAAUGUGAGGCUUGUGGACACUAUGUUGAUGGAUUCUACUAUAGUUGUGCAAGACGUGGCAAUUACUAUCAUAUGUUGUGCUUAUCGAUGCCUCUUUCUGUCAAAACCCCUUCCCAUCCUCACACACUCAAACUAGAAUUCUCACCACCAUAUGACUUCCAAUGCGAUUUAUGUGAAAAGCCUAGUUAUAAGGGCUGGCUCUAUCAUUGUAGCUUAUGUGAGUUUGAUGCCCACCCGGCAUGUGCCAUAACAAACAAAGGAGCACCAAUGCUUCAAAAUCAUUCUGUGCCACAGCCCAACUCUUUGAAGACUCAGAAUAGAAUUGACUCCCAUAGUAAAUAUGAUGAACUAAUGGAGUUACUAACGCAAGGAGUCAAGGGCAUGGGGGAUAGCAUUGGGCAAGAAGUUCUCCAAGAUCAGUCUCAACCUACAUAUCAAUCGACACCAUGUUAUGAGGAUCUGGCAACUCCAAGCCAUAUGUUAAGUGAGGCAUGUUUUUCGAUUGAUUUUGCAAAAUCUAUUCUACUUGAUGAAGACGGAGGUGAAGCAAGGAGAGAAGUUAAUGACCAUGAGGUGAAUAUUCAAGAAUUUAAAGAAACAAGCCACAGAUAUACAAUGGUAUCCAAGUGGGUAAGUGUUAAUCCAAAACACGCAGCAGAUGAAGCGCCAACUCUGGCUAAGCAACCAUUUUUUCCUUUGCACAGUGAAAGUCUAAAGAAUGGACUGAAUAAAGCAUCUUCAACUGGGAUUGGUUCUCACAUUUGGAUGGAAUGGGGUCAGGAGAAUGAGAAGACAAAAGCAAAUGGAUCCAGGGACAAAUCAGAUGUCACCGAUCAAACAACCAAAUCAAAAAUGGUACGCUCGAGGCUUUCAUGCUGGUCAGUAUGCUUAGAUUUCUGA